AUGAAGGUUCUGCUGCUGAGUCUUGUCCUUGUCCUGGUUUGUGCCGCCCAGGAAACUCCAGCUGAGAUAGACCCCUCAAAGGUUACAGGCGAGUGGCGCACCAUUUAUUCGGCCGCGGAUAACAAGGAGAAGAUUGUGGAAGGGGGCCCGCUGAGGUGUUACAAUCGCAAGAUCGAAUGUAUUGAUGACUGCGAACGCCUCUCCAUUUCAUUUUACGUCAAACUUGACGGGAGAUGCCAGUUUUUCUCAGGAGUGCUAGAGAGACAAGAAGGAGGUGUUUACUUCAUAGAAUUCGCAGGUGCAAAUUAUUUGCAAAUCAUUCAUGUAUCAGACAACAUCCUGGUAUUUUAUUUUGAAAAUGAUGAUGGAGAGAAGAUCACAAAAGUAACUGAAGGUUGCGCCAAAGGAACCAGUUUCACUCAAGAAGAAUUUCAGACGUAUCAGCAGCUGAACACUGAGAGAGGCAUUCCAAAUGAAAAUAUAGAACAUGUCAUCGAAACAGUGAAAUCCACUGUGAACGAAGGACCUUGCAGCCGCAACACAUCCGUGAUGAUAAAGGAGACUGCAGACGAUCCGGACGCCCAGCAAAUGCAGACGCCCAGCAUGGUGGAAGAAGAGGGCGUCCAGCUGGCACCAGGCGAGGCGAUGGGAGGACCCGGCCGCCAGUCCGCCUCCAGGGAAGGCCGGGGCGGAGGGUGGAUGGUAGGAGACGAAGCUGCAGGCCCGGUGGUGACUAUGCAGCCAAGCCAGAGAGACAGGAGCGAUGCAGACAAAGCCUGCCCGAGGUCCUUCUAUGCAAACAGGACCGUGCCCCCAGACCCCCGUGAUCACAAGGGCAGGACUGUGCCCCUGGCCUCCCACGAUCACGAGGGUACCCCGCACGUGCACGCACAGGCACGCAGGCCUGGGGAGGGGCGCGUGGUGCCAGCCAGUAGCUCAGCUCAACCAAGCAUAGCUGAGAUUCCAGGUUCCUGGAGAGAAAGACUGCAGCCAACUUCCUGCUGGCUGGAAGACUGGUAA